GCCUUACGAUGCCACACGGCACCGCAAACGGCAUGGGGCAGCCCUAAGAUGAACCAUGGAGAGCAACACACAAGCCAUUCGCGUCGUGGCGCACCUGCGGUUUGACGACGACCACGAGCUACCCGCCAGCCGCGCCUACAUAGAUGGCGUGCUAGGGCGCGGCGGCCUGCGCAGCGAGGACGCGACGGCCGGCACGAUCGGCGCGCUGGCCGCGGCGGCGCGGCGGCGCGACGUGCUCUGGGCGGUCGCAGCCGUGCCGUGCGACGCGUGGGUCGCCGCGCGGCGGCGGCGGGUCGGCGACGAGCCUGUCGACGCGACGGCGGCGGUCGCACGGAGCCGCGCCGCGUGGCAUCGCGCGGUGCUCGAAACGCUGCCGCCGGACCGCGUCACGCUUCGGGACCCCGCGGACGACGAGGCGUUCCUAGAUCUCGUCGCCGGGGCGGCCGGCCUGGCGCUCGGCGGGCGCGCACCGCGCGGCCGCACCCUGCGCGCCGCCAACGACAAUCCGGCCGUCGUCCGGUCCCACGUGCUCGCGGCGGUGACGCUCGGCCCGGACGCGACGGCCGCGGACCGCACGGCGCACGGCGCGGCGUGCCUGCUCCUGCCGACGGCCGCGGACCGCGCCUUCGCGGCGCGCGCGCUCGGCGGGACCGCGGCGCUCAACGCCAAGCGGUGGGUCGAGCGCGCGACGGGUGAUACGGUUCGCCCCGCGGACUGGCGCGCGCGCAUCGACGUCGUCGUGCCAACCGUGCGCCUCGACGCGGUCGCCGUCGCCCGCGUCGCGGCGCUUGCUGCGCCCGCGUGCCUGCCGGGCCUCACGCUCCUCGUCGUCGUCGACGAGCCCGCCGAGCAGAGCCGCGAGGGCGACCGUGCCGAGCGGCUGCGCGCGGCGCUCGCGGCGGCGCGCGCGGCGCGCGGCGGCGGCGGCCUCUACGUCCGCGUGCUUUCGACGGCCGGCCGCGCGCGGCCCGCGCGGCGGCCCUGCGAAUCCGCGGCGGCGCGCCACCGCGGUACGGCCGGCGCCGCCGCCGCGCGGAACGUCGGCCUCGAGGCGUCGCGUGCGGAGUGGUGCGUGCUGCUCGACGACGACGUGGAACCGGCGCCGGACCUCCUCUACCGCUACGCGGACGCGGCGCACGCGGCCGGAGGCGACGCGGCGUGCGUCGGCCUCGCGGGCCUCACGGUCUUCCGCGACGCCGGCGACCGGUUUUCGCGCGCGGCGCGCUCGCUGGGCAUGGUCGUGAACUUCGACAACGCGGCGACGUGGGCCGACGACCCGGGCGGGCCGCCCUGGGCACCGACGGCGAACCUGAUGGUGCGGCGCGUCUGGCCCGGGGGCAACGACGACGACGUCGAAGCGCCGCUCGCGGCGGUCGCGGCGCGCUUCGACGAGCGGUGCCCGCGCAACGGCGGCGCCGAGGACGUCGAGCUCGCGGCGCGCGCGCGGGCCGCGGGCCUGCGCCUCCGGGCGGCGCCGGGCGCGGUCGCGGCGCACGACCUGUGGCCCUGGCGCGGACAGCUCGCGCGCGCGUGCCGCUGGGGCCGCGCCACCGCGCUCCUUGCGGUCGCGCACCCGCGCCACGUCAAGCGGCGCCUUCCCAACGCCGUCGAGUGGACGGCCGGCGCGCUGGCGUAUGGCCUCGCGCGCGCGCCGCGCCGGGCGCCCGCAUACGCCCUCGCGAUCCUCCUGGGACGGUUCUCGGCGUUAGCCGUCCGCCAGCAUCGCAACGCGGUCGAAAACGAGCGCCUCAACAGCCAUCUGCCGCCCGCGGAGCGCGUCGAAAUGGGCGGCGGCGUUGGCUGCGCGGGAGCCUGGGAUCGGUUUGUCGUCCACGGACUUCUGCGCGCGAUUCUUGUCCUGGCGAGUGACUGCGGCGACUUCGCGGGCGCCGCAGCGCUCGUGCCGACCUUCGUCGCGUCCGGCUUCGACGGGCGCUACCUCUUCUUCGGCAGGGCAUUCGACUACACGCUGGGCGCGCGCGCGCAGAAACCCCGCGGGCGGGCCGACGUCGUCACCGACGUCGCGAGCGUCGCAGGAAUGCUCGCGUUCAUCGUCCUGCUGGGAGAGUGGGUGCUGUAG